CAUUUUAUGACUUGAGAUUUUUAAGCUCUACUAUAACUUGCAUAUUACAUUUGAAUCUAAGGUUUGACUGUAAAUACGAAUUAUUGUGCUUGAAUGUAUACGAAAAUUCGAGCUAUGCCGAUCGGCAAAUGUUCAGUGAUAUCCACAUUUUCCCAAAACCCAUUGACGUCUUUUGAAGUAGGCGUGGCUUGGAGCACCUAGAAGGGUUGCGGCGGAGAGUUUGUUUAGUGACGCAUAUCUGAAGAUAUAAUGUAAUGCUACGUUGGUUAACGUUGUUUCCUGUUAGUAUGGAACAGUAUAAAGAAGUGUAAACGUUCUGAAGAACAAGAGCCCCAAACUUUGUGACAUGCGCUGCCAAACUUAAUUGCAUACUUGAGAAUUAUGGCGGGGCAAAGCACACCAGUGUUGUUGGUUACUGCUAAUGUGGGUUCAAUUUUUGAAGACCCAUCUUUGAUGUUAAAACUAUGGACUGAAGAAUUUUUAUCUACUAUAUCAAGACUGGAUCCAAAAUUCAUAGCUUUACAUUGCCAGGAAGUUGGAGGGAAGAACUAUGAACGCAGCAUGAAGCAUGUGGAGUAUUUUGUUAGACUGCUGAUGUCAAGUGAAGAGCUUAGAUUAUUUGACAAAGUACGAGUAUACCUCGAUGAGGAUUAUUCUUCUGCUGAAAACUUCACCGCAUUGGGUAAUUUCUACUUUAUACAUGAAUCCAUGUCAGAUGUGCUUAUAUGGGACUUUUCAGCGAUGGGUUUUAUAUCUGCCAAAGGAAAAGAAGUCCACUCUGGAAAUAUUGAAGCUGUCAGCACGAAAGAGAAAUCAAAGUUUCCGCAAGACUUCUUCCCAGAGUGUAAAUGGUCACGGAAGGGUUUCCUUCGUACAAGGUGGAGUCUCAAUGGAACAGUAUUUGACCUCAUUAAUAUUCAUUUAUUCCAUGAUGCUUCUAAUUUUAUUGCUGUGGAAUCGUUCCCUUCAGUUUACUGCAAGAAUCGACGACGUGCUCUGGAACAUACGCUGGAUAGGUUUCAUAAUGAUGACUAUGGAACAGCUCCAUUCUUUGUCUUUGGUGACUUUAACUUCAGGACAGAUGCACAAGGAGUUGUCAAAAAAUUAGCAGAAGGUUUGAACCCAGUAAGACUGCAGAGUAAUAAAAGCACUGAUCAUACGAAGCUGCAGUACCGUGAUGGGACUAGCCAGGUAAUCCUUUCUUUGGGGAAGAAGGAAUUCAGUCACCAAGACCACCAAACCGUGUUCAUAGAAGAAAAUGGAAAAUGGCUGAGGGAAUUUGACCGUGAGCUUGAACCUUUUGCUGAUCGUUUGUAUGAGUUUCCCAUCAGUUUCCCACCAAGUUACCCGUUUGAAGAGGAUCGGAAAGGAGCAGAAUGUUACAUGCAGACUCGAUGUCCAUCUUGGUGUGAUCGUGUCCUUCUUAGCAACUCUGCAAAGUCCCUUACCAGCAAUAUAAAUGAACCUGGUAGUGUGCAGUACGGACUGAUGGGGGCAGGCACGUGCAUGGGUGACCAUAAGCCAGUGUACUUGAAGGUGAGCCUGGACUCGGAUGCAGGGUCGACUUGUGGUGGAAACACGAAACAUUUUAAUAAUGUGGAUUCAACAUCAUUUACAUCUGAACAUGUUGCCCCUGCUGAUGCGGAUGCAACCACCAUCACUCGUUACAUCCACAUAAAACACUCUGACUCACCUGUGCGAAUAUUCAAAGAGACGACUGUUUAGCUAAAACCAGAAGCACACUUUAAACUGACAUCAAUGCAUUUAUUUAUUUAAUUAUUUAUUUGUUCAGUGAUUUAUUUGUACCUUGACCUCAAACAUUGCAGUAUUCCUUUUAGAUUAUGGUAUUUAUUAACAUUUAAAGACUUCAAUUCAGGUAUUUUUUUAAUUGCGUUGAUACACAUUUGUAUUAUGCUAUUAAGUUAUACACAGUAAAACCUAUCAAAUGGACCAGGAUUGAAUUGCUAGGUGUUUGAUCCCUGGUGAGUAUGUUAGGAAUUUAUUCUUCACCAUUAUGUCUGGAAUGGUUCUGAGGUCCAUUCAGUGGAUUUCAAUGUCACUUUUCCCAGGAAUUAACUCAACAAUAUUAAUCUGACAACUUGCCUUCCUCUAGUGCUGUGGGAAAAAUUUCACCCCAGCUUCUGACUUUUAAUGGUAUAGUGUUAACUUUACCUUUAGCUAUUUAUAUUAUAACAUUCUGAAUAGCAAGAAGAGUAUGGGUUCUUCCGUAAUAUAUCUGAACUGUGCUAACAAAACUACUGGCAGUCCCUUAACACUGAAUUACCUGACCAUGUCUCCAUGACAGUUUAUUUUCUUCUAUGUAUAGUCAUUCUAGUUUUUAUACGGAUAAACUCAGAUCAGUCAGUCAGGAAACAGUCUGGCUGUAAGUUGAACAACUGGAGGUAUAGUCUUUUUCCCCACUUAAUUUAUAAAUUUUGUGAACACAUACUUAUAUUUCAGUGAUAGUAGUAGGAUGUUUUGAAAUUCCAAGCUGCAUUAGUUAGCAUCAUAUGUUUACAUGUAGAAUUCAGCACCAGACCUAAGGUUGGUUCAUGUUAUCAGUGCUGUAAGUAGGAUCAUUGAAUUUUGUGAUGUUUUGCUUCAAGUGUUUUAGAUUCAGUUUCUUAAUAGAGUUCAAUGUGUACUUAUAACCCUCGUAAAUAGCUGUAGUUGCCCUUGCUGUCACUUGGCCAACAGUUUUUUAAAAACUUUUAAUUUUUACAGAAAAACAAAAUCAUAAUUCCACUAUUACCUGUCAUUUGUAGAAGUUGUGCAACAUAUAUGUUUAAAUAAUACAGUUUAAAAUUAGUUUAUGGUUGGCAGAUGGUAUACAGUGAGUGUCUAAUUCUCUGAGACACUUAGCUACCUAUUUCUAUUUUGCUUCUCUAACUAGCUGCUGAUUGAUGUGUAUGAGGGUUAUUAAAAACCUUUAUAUCUGUGGGUCUGAUAGUUUUAUGUAGAUUGUUCAUUACAUGUAUAAUUGUCAUCAGUUAACCUUUAACAUACAAUCAUAAAUCUCUCAUAUAGGAAAACAUAAUGUCACUUAAAGGUGAGGGACAAACAUACAUAAGUUAGAGAUCUGUGUUCGAAAUAUCAGAUUGUAAGUUAAAGUGUAGCAUAGAAAUGUCGUAACUAAUGUCAGUGUUUGUUUUGAAUGAACAUGAUUUGUUACAUUUUAAUCUUAAUUAUCUUUUCAGUACUUAUUGUGAGCAAAAGAAAUAGUGGUUGUUCCAGAUACAAAUGAAAAGUUCAGUUCUUGAGUAACAAUUGUUAGAAAGGGCUGUAUAAGCCAAAAACCAAACUAGUUUAGGAAGUAGUAGUAUUAAUAUGAAUUACAUCAUUAAGUUUAGUUGAUAUGAAAAUUGAACCAGCUGUCAUUAGCAGACUUAUUAAUAUACUGAUGUCUGGCCCUAAAUACCUAUUGUAUUGAAAAGUGUUCUUAUUUAUACAGUAAUUAUUUGAAACUUGAAUGUAGUACUGUUAACCUUCUACUGGUAUGGUGGUAAAAUAUGUUGUAACUGUUAUGCUUGCUUCUGAGAUACUGGCUUAUAUUUUUCUGUUAAUUUUAAUUUGCUUCUCAAUUUCUAAUUAUCGAUUUUGAAAUUUGUCCACAUAGCUGUAUUGUUAGUAAUGCCCUCAAAAAUAAAACAUCACAGUUUCAUUGCUAAGGGUGUAAUCCUGGAAGUUGUAUGGUUAUGUUAUGCUGUCUAUUGAUAUCCAUUUGUCAUUGAUAUUAGAUUUUAUCUUCACUGCCACCUUCUACAGCUUCAUCACUUUCAGAGAUACUACAUUCAAGAUUUGAACUAUGGUCACUAUCAGUUUCAAAGUUAGGAUCUUCAAUUAUGACAGUUUAUUCUUUCUUUUCUCUUUUAAUGACCAUACUUUUGUCUGACAUUUCUUGUGCCUGUUAGUCAAAGUUAGGAUUGUAAAAAAACAAAAACAUCUUGGACUCUUUUCCUUUAUCAGUUGAGUUGACUAGAAAGAAUAUACUGGUAACACUAAAAGGAAUUAAGAUUUCAUGAAUUCUUCUAACUGUUGCUAUUUUAGAGUGCAUUCUGAGGGACACUGUAUGGACUUUGAACUUUAAAAACAAAUUAGCACAGACUGCAAAAUUAAUGGCACAUUGUAGGAGGAAGGUGAGUGACUAGCAAAGAGAGCUGAGGGUACAGUCUCUCAGGCUCUACCAUACAAGGUAAAGGCUCCUAGGCAUUCAAGAAAUCUGGAAUUUUUUGAGUGGCUGUACAUUAUUAAUUUUUAUUAAAUUAUGUAUUUAAUAAUUAAUUUUUGGCCUUCAGUUGAUAUAUGAAAUAUAGGUUAUGUGGAGAAUGCACAUGGCUCCCUUUUACACAAUACAUUGAAAUUGGAAUUUUAAUUCUUAUAUGAUUAAAGAUGUUGAAACCCUUGAAUAUUCUUAUAUAGGUUUAUCGUUAUGAUUAUGGUAUAUUGUUUUCUGCUGUCUGUGUAUCAUAGUAUGUGUAACAGUAUAAGUAUGCAAAAUUUAUGCUUACUUUUCACAAAUUAAUAUUUCUGUCAAUAAGGUGGAAUAAUGAGAAUAACGCGGGUAAAAAAGAUAGUGCUAUGUCAACAUUCAGAAAUUUUCUGUUCCAGGUAUGAAGUGCUGUAAAGUGUAAAGGUCUCUUUUAAAAUUUAGCAAAAACUAUUCUACAUAUUCUAUAUUUAUGAAAUUUUAUUUUCUGUUACUAUAAAGUAUUGAAAAAACAACUAUGGGAGGAUGCAAGGGUAACUGCCUGCUAAUUCCAUUUGGACUUGCAAUGUCAUUCAAUAAUUAAGCUAUACCAUCAAAAUUAUUUUUAUAGAAACAUUUUUUUAAUGAAGGAACACUUGCUGACAUGUAGGUAAUUAUAUAUAGGCCUGUAUCUUCAGCUAUAAUUUGAAAUUGGAAAAUCACAGCAAGAAAUGUGCUUCUGCUAACUUUGCACAGCAAUUAUGGAUAUUUUUAUCAGCGUUGAAUUACAAUGUUAUGUAUUACAAAACUUCAGAGCAAUUGUGCCCCAACCAAAAACAUGUCACUUUUGUUUUAUUAUUAUGAUUGAAUUAAGUGUGUAAACAGAGUUCUGUAAGACUGAGACCACAGUGUUACUUAAAUUUUUAUAAAUAAUAAUACAUAUAUCUUUUUUUAUAUAUACCACAGUUGGAGCAGUGGUGUAAUGUUCAGUUCAGUGCUAAACAGAUGAGCUGCUCUGAUAACAUCAUUUAUAUUGACAUGUGUGGUAUACUAUAUUAUUCAGUGUCAAAAUGCAGAGAGAAAACACUAGUUUUUUCAGUAACAGAACUAGAAUUAAUGGUCAUUAAAGAUCUAUAAAAAUACUAAUCACAUCAACUGAGUACAAAGUGAGGUUAAGUCGUCAUAUUCAAAUUAAACUUGGAAUUCUAAGGAUAAAACAAAAAAUCAUUUUAUUGUUUGUAUAUUUACACCUGAAGUAAUGCCAUUUAUAACAACUGUAACAUUGACAUUUAUACAUCCGUAUUUCUUAGUUUUAAGCAGAUUUUCAGAGGGACUUUUAUUAGAGAGUUAAAUAAUUUUACUUUUUUUUAAAAUUAAAGAUUAAUUUCAUGUCAAGGAA